AUGGAUAUUCUACCAGUAAACUUUAAAGCUCUGCGUUUUUGUGGCGCAUGGAAAGAACGGGAGGACAAUAAUAUGUGCGUUGGUUUUUUGCGCCUUUGUUACAGGUAUACGAUUUUUCUCUUAAUAUAUGAAUUUACGAUACUCGAUGUGAUAGAGAUAAUUCGCACACGCGACCACAUUCAAGAAUUGACCGAAGGACUCUUCAUGGGGUUGACUUUCUUAACACUGUGUGUUAAGUACGCGAAUUUUUUAUUACGAGGGAACGAGCUGUCGGAUUUAUUGAAUUGCCUACGCGUAAAAAGAUGCCAACCAAGAAAUUCCAUAGAAAAGCUAAUAAUAGAAGAGCACAGCCGCAGAGCUAAGUGGAGUACUAUGUCGUUCUUGAUGAUAUCGUACGUGACCGGAUUAGGCUUCAUUAUCACGCCAGCUUUAGGUAUAUUCAAGGGAGGCGAGCGCGUGCUGCCUUUGAAGACAUACAUUCCAUACUCUGUGUCAAAUCUACUUCCAUAUUUAGCUACGUAUCUGCAGCAAUUUUUGGCGGUAUUCUACGCAGUAAUGCUUAACGUUAACUUCGACUGUCUCGUUUAUGGUUUUACGAUUCAAGCCUGCGCACAAAUCGAUCUGAUGUGCUUCCGCUUGACAGACAGUUUAAAGAAUAUUGGCGAUAUUUCUUCCGGACGAAAGCCGGAAACAAAUGCCUCGAUCGAGGAAUGUGUCAAACAUCAUUUGCUCGUGAGCAAUCUGGUAAAGAAAAUACGAGAAUUGUUUAUAUGGACAGUAAUGAUAUUCUUCUUCUUCAGUCUGCUCAUUGUAUGCACCAGUAUCUUCCUAAUAUCAAAGAAGAAACUACUCAGCUUUGAGUUUCUUUCAAUGUUCCUGUAUCUGAGCGGUAUGCUGCUUCAACUGUUUUAUUAUUGUUGGUACGGAAAUGAGCUUGAGUUGAAGAGUAAAGGUAUUGCGACUAUUGUUUAUUCCUGCAACUGGACCAUGGCGACACCGCAAGAACGCAGAUCACUGAUGCUAAUUAUGAUAAGCAGUCAAAAAGGAAUAAUAUUUUCCUAUCACGGAGUAUUUGCAUUAUCUCUUAAUACUUUUGCUUGGAUUUGCAGGACUUCUUAUUCAGCGUACAAUCUCUUGCAAGGAGCAUCAAAUUAAUCAACUGUUGGAUUAUAUAGAAUAAAAAAACUAUUUAUUUUGCUGUGCAGUUCUUAUUGUUACGGUGUUAAAACAUACGGCGUAAUAUUUUUUUAAAGAAUUUAAGAUUUCAAAGAUUA